GCCCUGUUGGUGGAACCUCCCGCGGGUGUGAGAGGGGCGUGGCCUCUGGCCAGUUGCCCUUCAGGGCCCGACACUGUCCUGGGCAGUGUGGUCAGUGGCUCUCCCGCCUCUUGAGCGCUGGGGACUCGGUGACAGGGCUGGGCGCCCUCAGAUGACUUGGGGGUUCAGCGCAGCCCCCCUCGCCCCUAUCCUGUGACCCCCUGGAGAUCAGACCAUGGGCAGCGGGAGCGGCCUGGGCGCCCCUCCCAGCAGAGGCGGGCAGGGCUGGAAACAGGGGACCUCGGUCAGGGCGGGAGGAUGGGGCGCCGGCCCCCCAGCGCCUCCAGCCUGGGCCGCCUCUGCACUCGCACCGCCCGAGGCCCGACAGGCCCUCUGCGCCGCCCCCGCCCCGUCCCGCCCCGCCCCGCGCCGGUAUAAGGCGCCCGCCCGCCCGGCCUCCCCGGCUCCAGCCCCGACGCGCUCCGCACCGUCCCCAUGGCCCGGCCGGUGACGCUGGCGGCCGCCGCCCUGGCGUGGUGCCUGCUGCUGGCGCCCCCCGGCCUCGCCUGGUACAAGCAGGUGGCGGGGCCCUCCUACUCGGUGGGCCGCGCCGCGGGGCUGCUGUCCGGCCUCCGGGGGUCCCCGUACGCGCGGCGCUCCCAGACCCCUGUCGGCGCGCGACCCCAGGGCCGGGCUGCGGCCUUCCCAGAGCUGCGCUCCAGCCCGCGGAGCCCCGCCAUUUGCAUCAAGGACGUCACCCCGAACCUGCGGAGCUGCGAACGCGUCCCCGACGGCGGCGCCACCUUCCAGUGCCGAGCGGACGUCUCCCUGUCGCUCCGCGCCGCCGACUGUGGCCGCGCCUGAGCCCAGCGCGGGGACCCCCAGACCCCCCGGAGAUGGCCCCCGGCUCCGCCCGCCCAUAGUAGGCGGUGAAGUGAAUAAAUGACCAGCC